AUGGAUGAAAAUGACGACGCUACGGGAUGUGCUUUAGUUACGCCAGAGGAUGCCAAGAAAAUUCUGUCUGGUCAAGCAACAUUACAAAAUGCUGUAGAUGAAGACGGCAAACAGGUCUUAACUCUUACUCCAAUAGCUGACAGUGAUUUAGAAGUGGUUGAACAGUCUAAAGCAGAUCUGCCUAGUGAACACUCAACCUCUGUUCCUGCGGAACUGGACGAUCCUGAACGUCAUAAAUCGAACAGCGAGGAAGUCAUCGAUAAAGACAAUAAUGAGGCCGCACAGCCAUGCAAAUCAACUGUUUCUGACCUUUGCUGCGAUGUGGGUGACUCCUUAAUUAAUUCAGGAGAGAUUGAUGCGUCUGACGUUAAUUCGUUGGUGGAAAAUGUGGAACAGUAUACGUUAAGCGAACAAACAGCGGUAGUGGAUAACGGCCAAGUUCAAGUUGUCACAAUCGUAGAUUCCCGUGGUCAGGUUUUGGAUCAGAAGCAAGGACAAACUGGAGAACAAGUCAUUUUAGAAAUGCAUGGACAGGCAUUUUCGUACGAAAUUCAGGGUCCCACGUCAACUGGUGAACCUAUAACUUCCACUCUGUUAAUUUCCACAAAUGAUCAAGAUAUCCAAGAUGUUCCAAACACUGCCGAAGGCGUUACACAGCAGAAUAUCAAUGGUCAAACCAACUGGUCUGAAGGUGUUUCUAAUGGCGCUGAUAGAAGCCAUGUUACUUCUGGAUUUGAUGAAAUAACUGAUGCAAAUCCAUCUGGUCAACAAUUCACUCUUACUGAAGCUACUACGUUAGUGGACGGGGAGGCACUUCAAAUUGUUAUACUUUCUGAUGAAAACGGAAAUGUACUUGAUCAGAAGCAAGGUCACACUGGUGAUCAUGUCAUUAUUGAAAUGAACGGCAGCUCUUUAGAGUAUGUAUUUCUUGGACCAACGGAAACUGGUGAUCCGAUUUUGACUACCUUAGUCGUUACAACUGAAACUGAAAUGACAGAAAAUACUCAGCCUAACUUCAGUGUUGCACAGGAAUCACCGGGUGAUACAGAAGCAGGAUCAACUGUAGCUAAAUGGUGUCCACCCGGCCUGCCAUCUGAGUUUUAUGCUAUAUUAAGAAGACAAGCGGAAGUCGUCGUUUCUACGCGUGUCCACGCUUUUCAGAUAAUCCGUAUCGUCCUGAACCUUACCAUCGGAAGCUUGGUCCGUAUACGGCUUAUGUAG